GAGAACUUGGUAAUCUUCUACUAUGGAGGGCAUGCCCUGCCGAGCACACAGCCCGGGGGCGAUCCUCUGUGGGUGCCGGCGGCAGAGCGGCAGAGCGGCAGAGCUGCAUCCUGGUAUCCUCUGGCAUCGUCAUCUCUUUAUUGGAAGAGGCAGAUUCUGACUUCCUACUCUUAUCUGAUUGCUGCCAUGCCUACCCACCCGCAGGCAGAAUCAGUCUCAUGGUAUGGCCGUAGCAUAACAUGACCGAAGUGAUAUCGGCCAUGGAAUCCGGCGGCAUUACUAUCGAGCUAGGCCAAACCUCCUUCUCACUCCACUUGAACGAAGCACUCUCUCUUGCUGCCCAGCGCGGACCGACCAAGAUUAUUCACCUUCAUGCCGAGCUCACCGAACGCCUACGGUCAAGGCCGGUGUCACGCCAAGCCAAACAGCCGAGCUGGCACUCUAUGCCCGACGAUUAUGGCCUGGUCAGACAAAAGUGUUCGCAUUACUGGCUAGCGGGAGCAUCUAGAACCAUAGUGUUGGUCCCUCUCUCCAAACCUGCAGAGGUGACAUCACCAGCCUUGCCAGUUUCGUUGCCACAGAACACAGUACCGAGCUGUGGUGUGCUGCAAGCCGAUAUUCCGGAACCAACUCCCAUCCUGCCAGCUUCUGGGCCUCAUCCGUCACUAUCGACAACAGAAUCUUCGCCGUCAAAACCAACGAACCCUCAAGGUACCGCAAUCAGUUCACCGUUCCCAGCCUUACUACCUCCCUUACUCGAGCCCAUCAAGCCUGAGUAUGAAUAUUCGCCCCUCCAGUCUACAGCGGGUCGCUCUAGCGUUGAGAUCAAUCCGCAAAUCCGGCUUCUGCACCUUUUACCCGGACAGGAAUCCGAACCUUUGUAGUGCUCUCUAGAGGCUGUAACACUUUUCAAUGGGCCUACCAUGAAAUCAAUCAUCUCCGGCUCACCAUUUACGACGAUGAGAUGCUUAUCGUAUGAGGUAAUUUCAUAUGCCUGGGGUAAUGUGAUGUCGGAAGAGAAUAUUAUCUGCAACG